AUGGCCUCAAGACGAAGGUUAUACACUCUUCUCAUCUGUAUUGGACUUAUAGCAGUACUAAGGUUAUUCUCGAACACUGGGACAACAGACAUGGCUUCUAAACUUUCACAUCCAGUCGUGAUCAUUGGAUCUGGUCUUGCUGGACUCAGUACCGCUAACCAGCUAGUCCUUAAGCACAAAAUUCCAAUUGUGCUUUUGGAUAAGGCUUCAUCUUUGGGCGGAAAUUCAAUCAAAGCCUCCAGUGGUAUAAAUGGUGCUUUGACCAAUACGCAGAUGACGUUGAAAGUCGAAGACUCUUCAACUGCAUUCUACCAAGAUACUGUAAAUUCCGCGAAAAAGGCCGGAGUUCGAACCCUGAUGUCCAAGUUAGCCAGGGACUCUAGUUCUGCCAUCUCGUGGCUUCAACAAGAAUACGACCUUAAAUUGGAUUUGCUAGCACAGCUGGGCGGUCACUCUGCCCCCAGAACCCACAGAUCAUCGGGCAAAUUGCCUCCCGGGUUCGAAAUCGUUCAGACGCUCUCAAACAAGCUGAAAAGCAUUUCUGAGGCCGACCCUCAGUUGGUUCAAAUCCGCUUGAACAGCAAGGUGUUCGACGUGGAGAUUGUGGACCGGAAAGUAAAGUCUGUUGAGUAUUACGAUGAAAAUGGUAAAGCGCAACGGGUUCUGACCGAAAAUGUCGUCUUUUGCUCAGGAGGAUUUGGGUUUUCCAAAGAAAUGCUGGAUAAAUAUGCACCAGCGCUGAGAUCCUUACCUACAACAAAUGGUGCUCAAACAACAGGUGAUGGUCAACAAUUGAUAGAAAAACUGGGCGGCAAGCUGAUCGACAUGUCUGAGGUGCAGGUUCAUCCCACAGGCUUUGUAGAUCCGUCGGACCCACACAGCAACUGGAAGUUUCUUGCUGCUGAAGCUUUGAGGGGUCUUGGAGGUAUUCUUUUAAAUCCGUUGACUGGACGUCGGUUUGUCAACGAGCUGGACACCAGAGAUGUUGUCACAGACGCCAUCCAGGCCCAGUGUCCGCAAGAUGAAAACAGGGCUUUCAUAGUCAUGAGCCAAGACGUAUAUGCGAACUACAAGAACAACAUGGAUUUCUACAUUUUCAAAAAACUGAUCCAGAAAACGACGGUAGGCGAAUUGGCAGACUCUCUUCCCGUCAGCGUGGCUGAACUGGCUUCAGAACUACAAACCUACAGCUCUGAAUCUCCCGACACUUUCAAACGUACUUCCAGAAUCAACAGUUUUGGCACUACAGUUGAUGGCAGCACUGCAAUCUAUGUUGGCCAGGUGACUCCAGUCGUCCAUUUCACUAUGGGCGGGGCUAAGAUUGACGAAACUUCGCGCAUUCUGGACAAAGCCGACAAAUUCGUGGCCGACGGUCUUUACGCUGCGGGCGAAGUUUCCGGUGGAGUUCACGGUGCGAACAGGUUAGGAGGAUCGAGUUUGCUAGAAUGUGUCGUAUUUGGACGGACGGCAGCGGAUUCGAUUGCGGCAAAACUUUAA